AUGGAUGACUAUCUCGUCGUCUCGACACACCUUUCCGCUUUGGAUUCAACCUCAGCAUCGACUGUUAUUGUUCCAACAACGCGACGAAAUGCACCUUUGGCAGUGGUCCCAGACUCAGACCUACCUCUCGAACAUGCAACAAGCAGCUCAGUACUUACAACCACUGCGACAGGAACAAUCCUUAUGCGUGUUAUACACGGUGGAUUGAUUGUGGAACUCGUCUCUUUGUCAACGCCAGUUCCACCACUCCGAUUUGUGCUACCAGCAGCUAUCAUUCCAACACCCUCUUUGUUUCUUUUCGAGGAGUCCGAAAUUCACAUUAUCUUGAUUACUGAAAUAGGUUCAUUGUUUCGACUUAUCAUUCCUAUUGACGGGCUCAAGUUGUGGACCGACCAAGCGGACAAUAUAUGGCCAAGGGAAUACUACGUUCAAAAUCUACCCACUGAGCAUGCCCAAGAAUGCUCUGUACAUGCUCUCGGAACGCAUUCUGUAGCUGUCAGUCUGCCUAGCGGCGUUCUUCUCAGACUUGAAGCGGAAACUAUGGGAUACGACGUACAUGACGAUGAAGAAUGGACGGAAACAGUAUCACAUCAUGGCUCAUUCCUUUCGUCAUUGACUUCGUUCCUUCCCAUACAUUCCUCUUCCCCCAACGCGUCCGACAUCAUAUCUAUGUCUUCUCAUCCAUGGCCAACAGAUAUCGGAAGUAUUUGGACCCUUUCUCGAGAUCGUACUCUUAGAAUGUGGAAAGCUAGGCUUGGUUGCGUUACUUCAAAGAUGCUCCCUGCUUCACCCAAUAUGAAGGAACCUUCUACAAGUGCUUCUGCUAGUGCAAAGUAUCUUCUUCUCGAUGCAGAACGACAAAACCUUGUCAAAGUUUUUUCGGUUGCUUCCGAAGAUGAAACCAGACUCGAUGUCUAUGUCUUGGUGUUUAUCCCUACCCCUUCUUCGACAUCAGGUGGAUUCUUCUGCCUUCUUGACACUUCCACUGACCACUUUGUUGAGGUGGGCAUUAUCGAAUGUCCCAGAAACACGGCACAUUGUCAUCUUCAGGACUUCACCGUUAGUGGAAAUAAUUUAUACGCCCUUUGGGAUCGACAAGGACAAUCGGUUGUAGAAAGAACAACAAUAAACUUCGAACUACUACUCUCCCACGACCUCGCACCUACGAUAUGGAAAACAUCAGAAUAUAUGCAGCAAUCCGAACUCACUCCAACGAAUAUGGAAGAACAAUUGCUUUUGCCUGGAUCUUUAACCGAGAAAUUCCUCUCCGCAAUUAUGAAACCAGGUGUAUUUUCUUCGCUUACGCUGCGAACAGCUCUAGACCGAUACAUCGAAGCUUGCUUAACUCUCCCAGGACCACAACCACCGCAACUCAGCGCUGUUUACUCAAGCCUAUGCGAAAACAUUGCCGCUGUUGUCGGCUGUACUGUUACUUUGAAUCGCGAUCACCAAACAGGUGGUUUCCAACAUGCAAAUUAUUGGACUGCCUUGAAGAGAGACUGGGAGGGUUUCGUAGCUAGAUGUCGUGAAAUAGAGCGGAGUGCCAGAUGGCCGCUCGCCAUCGCGGCUCAGGGCCCACAAGGUGUGAUUGUGGUUGAACGAGAAAGAGUAGGUUCCUUGGUUGUCGAAGAUGUUCCGAUAUCUCUAUGUCGUAUGCUUCAAUGCGACCAACCUCCUCAUGCGCAGUAUGACUUAUUUGCGAUUAUCUGGGCGCUGCGUUCAAAAUUAGGCCCUCAGAUUUUGUCGAGUUUGGAGAGUCGAGUGGUGGAUAUAAUGCAUCAAGAAAUUGCCUUUUCUUUUGCGGAGAUUCUGCAAGAUCAGGCCCGUCGAAUUGCUUUUGUAGAGAAUCUGGAAGAAGGUGCCGCUAGUUGGUUCGUUGGACGACUUCAAAGCGUUGCAGACCUCGACCGGGCAACUCGUAAUGCACUUGAUGCUAUUGGAGGGCUCGAUCUCGCCAUUAAAAAGGAAUACACAGACACUGAGCUCUUGCACCCUCCUCCAUCGUCACAGUGGUUGAGGUCUCAGUCAGCCGCUUUCACGACUAUCACGGUUGAGGCCAGGUAUGACCUUUGCCUAUGUCUCAUCAUUCUUCUUUUCUUUUGCUCCGAGGAAUUAUCUGGUUGGGAUGCAUCUCUUCUAGCUGAAGUCUUUGCCGUAUUUCGAGGGCUAGCUAUUCUUCGCUAUAUCAGUAGUCAACCUGCUGAAACCCAGAUGAGCCGUGGUCAAGUUGAUGUGACCUCUCCAGAUGACGUUGCAACCCAGUUGCGCAACAUGAACGUUUCGAAAAACAAGACUCAAGUUGCUUCGAAAUCCUCUUUGGUGUAUCUGCUUUCUCAAUCACCCCCUCCCGAUGGUAUCGCAUCGGCAGCCCACAACUUUUUGGAUUCCACAGGUCUCCUUCAAUCUAUUUCGCCUGCGCAUGCUACUAGGCAUGAAAUUCUUUUCUGCGAAAAAGUGAGGACACUAGGGUUCAGUGGGGUUACUUCCGAGCUAUUAUCUUGGCUACCACGGACCCCUGGUGCCACUUAUCUUCAGUCACAGGUAUUUUUGAGUCAAGGGAGAAUUGACGAUGCCUCCCAGUUGCUAGAAAGCCUAGCAGGAGCUUUUGGUGUCAACAAUAUUACAUUGGAAGAUGCAGAGGCCUUGUCGGCUGUGCUUCCCAACUCACAAUUGAUAGACUCACAGUAUUCUUUCUAUCUUUUUGCUGCCGAUCUCUUCAAAAAUGGCUACGUAUAUCACGAGGCCUACUUUUCCCAGCUGGCUAUUCGAGUUGCACCUCCUAGCGCAGAUACAACAUCCCUCUGGAACACUGUUGUGAAAGGUUUGACAGAUCUAGCUCUGUACGAUGAUGCCUAUGCUGCUGCUAUGGCAACCCCAUUUGAAAAUGAAAAACGAGAAUUAGCUACCCAAUUGGCCGUUCGAAUGUGCGAAGGGAAUGCAGUAGCUAAACUUAUGUCCUUCGAUUUUUCCGGCAUCGCCAGUGAAGUCGAAGCAGCGCUGGCUUUCAAAGCUCGGAAUACCGAUCCACGCAUCCAACCUUGUUACUCUAGGAUUCUAUAUACCUGGCAUAUUCGCAGAGGGGAUUAUCGCAACGCUUCAUUAUCGAUGUUUCAGCGUGCAAGAAAGUUGCGAGACGUCAUUUCCGAUUCUACAUCUUUCAUUGCUUUGGCCGAAGAUCAAUUGGAGUCACUAUCGGUGGCCAUUAAUGCUCUCAAUCUUGUGGAAGAUAAAUCAGCUUGGAUUUUGAUGCCAGCCAUUCCAGACCCCACUGGAAAACGACAGAAGGUGUCGAAACAUAUACCGGAAUCUAAAUUUGUCACAGGCAAAUAUGACGCUGAGAUCAUAUCUCUGGCCGAGAUGGAAUACGAAUAUAUUCUUCUUCGUGCUCAAAUUGACAUAAUUAAACGAGAUCCUUCGAUUCUUUCAUCUCCGGAAUACCUUUUACCCCCAGCUUUGAUUGUGAUGAGACUUGCCCAGGCAAACCAGUAUACGCAAGCAAUGGCCACCGCCAGAAGUCUGAAGGUCGAUAUGACAGAUGUUUUUAUCCACUUGACAAAUCAGUGCAUACGCCUCACUACAAAUCCCGGUUCACUAAUCCGAGAAGAUACUUCUGGAUGGCUUUUGACAGAUAUUGCGGCAUCCUGGCAAGGAGCUCCAUCUGAUCGUGGAUGGCGAUAUCUACAACAAUCCCUCAAGCGUCACGAUGGUCAUGAAAAUGACUAUCGAUAUACUAAGGCGUCAUUUGAGACUAUUCUGAGUGUCGGUAAAUCCUCAGCAUCACCUCCAUGGCUGAUCGACUCUUUGGAGAAAUACCAGCCUGAGUACCUUAUCCGAAUCAGCCUUAAAUAUGAAAACAUUGCCGACGCUGUGAACUUCACUUACGCCCUAGUUUUGAAGUCGGAUAAACAUGUGUCCAGAGAAUCAUCGAGAGAUGCAUCUUCUACUUGGCUUCCAUAUGCACUGAUCGACCAAGUGCUUAUUGCUGCUGAUGCUCAGAUUACCCAUCCUCAACAUUUGACACAGUUGAAAACGGCCCUCAAUAAUCGAAUAAAACGUAUGCAAAAAUUUAGCCAGAACGUCUCAUAG